UGUGCAAGCUCUAAGGAUGGAAGAUGGAAGACAUCGUUGCCCCACUCUAUUCUAUUAAAGGAAAUAGCUUUACUGUGAAUAUAAUCUUUCCACACAAAGGCGUCGUGCCUCCUCAGAUUGUCUUUGAAGCCUUUGCUCUCCUCGUAAUGCAAAACAAGCACAAGCCUGUCUGAGAAGCAGCGUUACAGAGUCUUGCUGAUGCAAGGUGUCAUUGUGUUUUGCUACAGUUCCUCUUGGCUUGCGGCCCUGUUGGCCACUGAAUUACCGUCCCUGUGGGCUGUGUGAGCAAUCCACAUCUACGUACUUGUCCUUUCUAGUGUUUCCUUGCUUAUUUCCAGGAUGCUGACUUUAGAGCCCAACAGCUGUUUCCUAGGGGUUGUUCCUGAGAACUGGUACCCUUGGGAUGUGCUGCAUCCUGUGCUAGCUCAGUCUGGGGUUUGACAUAUCUUCUGCUCCAGCUGAGUGAGAAACAUUUGCAAGCAACAGCAAACACACUGAGCUGCCUGUUGCUUGGACCCUCGUAAUUCCUUGGUCUCCUCAGUAUUACGGCAUGGUUGGUGACAAAUACUCAUCCUGGCAAUAUGGCUUUAAAAUUAAUUAAAAAUUAAAAGAUAUGACGGCUUGCUGUCAUGUAGGAGAAGGGAUUUUCUGGGUGAUGCUGAGAAGAGAUGAGGGUUGUAUGUGUAUUGUUCUCCCCGUCUUACUAGCUCAGCCUACCAAAUCCUGUUUGAAGAAGCUGUUUGUUCACUUCUGCGUUCAGAUCCCAGCAGGCUGAAGCACCCACUUCAGUGCUGUUGAGAGCUCUGGCCCUUCCUUCCAGGGAGAAGAGAGGAGGGGUGAUUCCUGGGAAAGCUUCCAGCACUGGGCUGACUGUGGAAAGAGCUGGGCUGGGUGCCAGCCCUCGGGAGGGAGAGGGAGCUCACAGAGCUGAUACCACGAGUGUAUCGGGCAGGGGCUGGUAUAGCUUGUCCCUUCCUCAGCGUCUUGCUGCUGCUCCUGUUUUGGGAGAGAAACUGGACAGAGCUGGGGCCAAGCAGUGACUCACUGGGAGAGUUGGUACAGGCUCUUCCUGGCCUUUUGAUAGUAUUUGGCAGGAAGGAAUGUGACAUAUGUCAGUGCUUCUGGCUUGGAGGAGGAGGAGGAGGAGUUCCUGCCUGUGUUAAGGGGGAGGGGAGGUGUGAUCUCCGGCAGUCUCCAGUCCUCCUUCUAGACGCUGCAAAAUAAACUGCGCUGUGUGGGGACCAUGGCUACAGACCCACUCUCGGAGCUUCAGGAUGACCUGAACUUGGAUGAUACCAACCAGUCCCUCAGCCAGCUCAAACUGGCCUCCAUAGACGAUAAGAACUGGCCAGCAGACGAAGCCCCUGCUUUUCCCAAAACAGAGGACUCCAAAGGCUCCCCCGAGCCCGUCACUCACCUGCAGUGGGAUGAUCCCUAUUAUGAUAUCGCCAGGCACCACAUCGUGGAAGUAGCAGGUGAUGACAAAUAUGGAAGGAAAGUCAUUUUGUUCAGUGCCUGCCGGAUGCCCCCAAGUCAUCAACUUGAUCACGUGAAACUGCUGGGGUACCUGAAAUUCACACUGGACCAGUACGUGGAGAGUGAUUACACGCUGGUGUACCUUCACCAUGGCCUGACCAGUGAGAACAAGCCAUCCCUGAGCUGGCUGCGGGAUGCCUACAGGGAAUUUGAUCGCAAGUACAAGAAGAACAUCAAAGCCUUGUAUAUUGUGCACCCCACCAUGUUCAUCAAGACCUUGCUGAUUCUCUUCAAGCCUCUGAUCAGCUUUAAGUUUGGACGAAAGAUUUUUUAUGUGAACUUCCUUAGUGAGCUGGAGGAGUAUGUGAAGCUGGAACAGCUGGGGAUCCCAAGCCAAGUGCUGAAAUACGAUGAAUAUCUGAGAUCCCUGCAGAAACCCUCACAGGUGCCCCAGAAGCCAAUGCCCCCGCGCCCACCGCUGCCAAACCAGCAGUUUGGAGUCUCUCUCCAGCAUCUCAGGGAGAAGAGUGCUGAUCAGUCUCCUGUUCCUCUGGUGGUCAGAGACACCAUUGCUCAUCUGCAGGAGCACGCUCUUACUACAGAGGGGAUUUUCCGGAGAUCAGCAAACACACAGGUUGUCAGGGAGGUCCAGCAAAAGUACAACAUGGGUGUGCCUGUAGAUUUCCAGCAGUAUGAAGACGUCCACCUUCCUGCUGUGAUUCUCAAGACCUUCUUCAGGGAGCUACCUGAGCCCCUCCUCACUUUUGGCCUCUACAGUGAUGUUGUCAACUUCCAGAAUGUGGAGGAGGUAAAUCGUGUGGAUGUCGUUCGCAAAACACUCCAGACUCUGCCAGAAGAAAACUACCAAGUGCUCCGUUUACUGACAGCCUUUCUGGUGCAGGUCUCUGCUCACAGUGACAGAAACAAGAUGACAAACACCAACCUGGCAGUUGUGUUUGGUCCAAAUCUGCUGUGGGCCAAAGACGUAGCCAUCACCCUGAAAGCCAUCAACCCCAUCAAUACCUUUACCAAGUUCCUGCUGGACCACCAGAAGGAGCUCUUUGAGGAUGUGGAGGCCUGAAUCCAGGCCAGGCCACACCAGCACACUGUGCCCACCUUCCCACCUUCUUUCCCACCUUGUCUUGGAGCUGUUUACAAGCUGUCUCCAGUGCAAAGGGACCAUUGAUCCUCUGGGUGAUGAGCUGUGGGCUGUGGAGAUGGUGGAGAGAAGCGUGUAAGUAAGAGAGCAGGAGACCUGCUGCUCCACGUGGGGAGGGGAGCUGGUCUCCCAGCUGCUGAGAGUGGAGUCCUAACCCACCUGCCAGUCUGUGCAGCUCCUCCAGGGAGGAGGAGCUGCACAGGAGGACUCAUCACCAGUCUGGUGCCCUAUCAGAUGACCUGCCUUCCUUUCCUCCUUCCCUCACCUGCAGUUUUUCUGCCCCUCCUGCUCCCUUCCUCAGCAAAGAUCUUCUUUAAGCUCCCAGUAGCUCCCAGCUCCCUCCUUUUGCCUCAGCUGGGCUGGCUGGGUUUUUUGGCAGAGAUGUUCUCUGCUGUGAGUGCCAUCUCUUGGCGCUGAAUGUGUGUCCUGCCUUUCCCUGGAGGCACCUGUGGCAGGGCAGGGAGCCCU